UUCACCCCCGGCCCGCCCCGGGAGGAGUUACCGGAAACAAACUUUCCCGGGGAAGAUGUGGCGAUACUGUCCUCCCCAGAAGCCAGUCAGAAACAGUUUGAUAGAUGACGCUAAGGCCCGCUUAAGAAAACAUGACGUUGGGACCAAAUAUUCUCACUUGUUGUCUAACAAAUGUUCCAUCCUUUUACCGUUGUUGGCUAAAGAAGGAAAACUCUACCUGUUGUUCACCCUUCGGUCAGAGAAGCUGAGAAGGUCACCUGGAGAGGUCUGCUUUCCUGGAGGCAAGUACGAACCUACAGAUGCGGAUGACGUGGCCACGGCUCUCCGGGAAGCCCAGGAGGAAGUGGGGCUGCAUCCUCAUCAAGUGGAGGUCGUCUGCCGCCUGGUACCAGUGCUGUUUGAUAGAGAUACAUUGAUAACCCCUGUUGUAGGAUUUAUAGACUCCAACUUCCAGGCCAAGCCUAACCCCGAUGAAGUUAAGAAUGUGUUCCUGGUUCCUCUGGAAUAUUUCCUGCAUCCCAGCGUCUACCAGCAGAAUCACCUGACACGCUCUGGUCAUCAUAUUAUUAUUCACUGCUUUGAGUACACGAACCCUGAAGACGGUGUGACUUAUCAUAUCCGGGGAAUGACUGCAAAAUGUGCCUUGUUUGUUGCCUUAAUUAUUUUGGGAAAAAAACCCUCCUUUGAGGUUGAAUUUAAUCUCAACGAUCUGAUGUCAUCCUCUGAAGAGUCUUUACUGAAGCUUCAUAAACGUGCUACAAGCAAGUUAUGAUUUAUGAGACCAAUACUCAAAUAACUCUCUAAACGGUGUUUGUGUGGGCUUUUCCACAGAACAACAAUAAAGCCAGCUGUUGGAAUCUGA